UGUGAGAAUUCAUUGCUAUUGUACGCUCAAUCAUCCCUGAAAGUGCCGCCCCGAUCGGUAAACUCAGAAGACCAUGAAAUCAAGAUAUUCCCCAGAUAACUCAACAUUAUGCCCCCAAAGAAGAUGCCCCCAGUUCUCCAAAUGGCGACUCCAGGCACCAAACAACGCAGAGCCAGCGACCUCUUUGGUGAUGCCGCUGAAAGCUCAUCCAUCAUGGAUAUAGACAACCAACCAACCCCAACACCAAUCAAUCUGGACCCAAACUGGUAUACACAACCACAGGAGACCCAAUCUCCUAGCCAGACUAUUCAACUGCUUCCCAAAACGCCUCCUGCUCAAGGGGGGGGAUGCGUUGAAUCUGGGCACCCCAAUGCCCAAGAACCUGCCCAUCAUCAAGCCAAAGAGCCAGAUCAAACUGAGCUUUUGAAAUCACUCAUCAAACAGGUAGAUGAGUACAGAACUGAGGUCUGAAACCUUAGUAAAGGCAAACAACCUGAGACCAAUCUGGGAGGAGCAGAUAAUCAACUCAUUGAGCAACUAUCCAAACUGUUUGUGCAAUCAGGUGGCCAAUCAACAGUUGACAGAGAAGAAAAGAAACUCCAUCAGCUUGCCAAAACCCAUUGAUCUCCUCAUUGAUGUGGAUUAUAUUAAUGCCUGUGAUGUUUUGCUUCAUCCAAAAGAAGUGCCUAAAGAAACUCCUUUGCAGUCAGCAGUGUACAACACAUCUGUACAACUACUACAUACCUGCAUAUUGGACUGCCUGAUGUGUGAUAUUCUUCACCAAGUCCAAACAGACCAUACCCAACACCCUUAUGACAUCCUAUCCUGUUUGGACACUCUAUAUGGUGUCUCACCUGUGGAAGAACAUUUACUCCUUGUAAAGAUGCUCAUGAAUUUGAGACCCCAAGGCAAUACUAUCUCCAUGAUUCAACAGUGGCAGCGAGUAGCCACAGAGAUAGAAUGGAAGGGAUAUACUACCUCUGAGAUAUGCCAUGACAUUGGCAUUGUCUUGUUGGGUGAUUUUCAAAGGUCUUUCAUCCGUACACAGUUGGAUAGUCUCUUUGCAGUGUUGAAAAGAAGUGCCUAUCAUGAGCUGGAUAUGGAUGAGGUGAUUGAUCAAAUGGAAAGCCGUACUCCAUCAUCACCCAACACCUAUCAACUGAUUUCAUACA